AUUGACUAAACGUGCAGCAGUGCGAACACGAACGCGCGCAGCGUCAUUCCGGCUUCGGCUUUACACUUCUGCUCAACUACUCUAAUAAAAAAAUUAUUAUAAGUUCAGAUAAUAAUAAAAAUACACUUUCCUAUUACGCUCUCGAUAUAUAUCGUCAAAUGUAAUUAGUACACAACACUCUUGAUAUCACACUUAUUAUUAUUCGGCACGCGCGAAAACGGACAGACAAUUUGAAACAGUGCUUAAAAUACACAAAAAAUAAUAAAAUAAACGAGAAAUCAAAUUGAAUUUGCAAACUUGCAAUCACAGUUACAACGUGCAAACAUUUGAAAUAUGUGCUAAAAAGUGAAGAAGUUAUACAAAAAUAAAAAGAGUCUAUAAACAAUUUGCAAAUUCAAAUAUACUUGCUGGGAUUACAACCGUGGAUUAAACAAGCUGCCAAAAUGGUGAACAAACAGUACACAGCCAACGAUCUGGAGGCUUUUAUGAAAAUAGCCGCCAACUGGCAAAGCACCAACCACAAUUUGCUGGAGGGUGUCGAUUUAAAGCAAGAGAUGACACAGUACAUGAACAGUCCGUCGAUGAACAUGUACAAGAAGCGCGAACGCACACAGAACUGGAAUCAUCAGGAGAAGAAAUACUUGCUGGAUCUGUGCCGCAAGGAUAUGCGCAUCAUUGAGAACAAACGGCUCGAUGCUGGCCUCACUGCCGUCAAGAACAAGGCCUGGAAGAUCAUACACCAGAAGUUCUCCAAUCAAUUUGGCACCGAUCGCACCUGCAAUCGCCUCAAAGAGCAAUGGCGACGCAUGAAAGCUUGCACACGCAAUGAGAUAUUGGACUAUAACAAUCGCCUGGCCAGAUUUGGUGCCGAGGUUGCCGAUCGCAAGAAGCCAUCGCCGUUUACCUUCGAGGUCUGGGACUUUAUGCAGGAGGCGAAGAAGGCCUGCAAAUCGGAGGCACUCGAUGGCAUUGACUACUCCAAGAUACCGCUGGCGCUUGAGGAGGACUUUGAGUAUCGCGACGACUACAAAUUCAAUGCCGAUGAGCAUGACAUGGACGACAGUCGCACACCCCCUCAAGAGCUCUGCGAUGUGGACAUCAAGGAGGAGGAGACUAAUGAGACCUUUAACGAAACCUAUAACAAUCACAGCAAUGAUAUCACUGUCAAUGGGGAACGUCUCAGCGUCUCGCCCAAUCACAGUCGCAACGGCCUCCAUGAACCCGAGAGUCCGGCUGGCUCAGCGCUGGACACGAGUGCCGUUGGCGGUGGCUUUAUGCCGCCCAGUGGCAGCGACAUGUCUGGCUUUCAGCCCAGCUUCAACAUGAACAACAUAUCCGCCACACUGGAGGCGCUCAAUGCACUGCGCAGUGGCCAAUUUCCAAGCGCUGCGGCCGCAGCAGCUGCUGCCAUACAACAGCAUCAGGCACAGGCACAAGCACAGGCUGCCGCCUUGCAACAGCACAACAACAACAAUAAUAACAACAAUAACAAUAACAACGAGGAUGACGAUGAGCUGCCCAAACCGUUGGCCAAGCGUCAGCGCACGAGCAGCAGCAGCUUGGUUGGCGACGAGCAGCAGCAGCAACAGACAUCGCUGCCGAUGACGACAAGUGUGCCACAGACCGCCGACAGUCAAGCGCUGGAGCGCAGCGGAGUCAGCAGCGUUGUGGCAAGCAGCAGUGGCAGCAAUGUUGUGGCCACCUCAGCUGGCAAUUCGUUUGAGAUGCGCAUGUUCAUGGAGAUGCAGAGCAAGGAGCACAUGAUGCGCAUGAAGAUACUCGAGGUACAAUUGCAGGCAGCCAAGCAUAGUCGUGAUCUUGUCGAGAUUAACAAGACGCUGGCGCUGCAGAAGCUCCAAGAAUUGGCCAGCAAGCGAUUGCCCAGUUAGAGACGCGAUGCUGCUCUUGUUAAUUGCUUUGAUUAUCAUCAUCGUUUUUUCUGGAUCGUUGUUUUAGUUGUUUAGCUGUAACUCUUUUGUAGCACUUAGCACCUAGCACGUAGGGCGUAGCUAAAGUUAAAGUUUAGGCUAAGCAAACCGAUUUUUGUAACCAGAGACAGAAAGAUACACACAGACAGAUACACACACAACAGACACACACUACAAAUUGAGCUGCAUUCACAACAUUCCUGGCAUUGUUUUUUGACCAGUAUUUAAAAGCUAGAAGCAUACACACACACUCAUAUAAACACACACAUAUGUAAUCAGAUCAGCCAGAUAAAUAACAGAUGGCAGCUCGUUUCAAUUGCAGCUGCAGCGGCGCACAAAAGUAUGCCAUAUUAUUUUAAAGUUGCAAAGGACUCUCGCUCUCUCUUUCUCACUCACGCACAGCCAUGCAGACAGCCUACCUCACACACUUACAAUACACAACACACACACACGCAAACACAUAGACAGCUGUGGCGUGGGUGAUGAGAGAGGGAGGAAGGGGGAGGGUAAAAGGCUCGGCACUUGACCAAGUCAAGUGAUUUUUUCUUAUUUGGAAUACGCCCCGCGCCCGCAUUCAUGUUUUUAGUUCGUACUUAGUUCUAGUUGUAGUUGUAGUUGUACUUGUAACUCUCUUCUCCAAGUUGCUCAAAUGUACACACAAACACAGACACACACACACACUUAAACACACACCACUUUGACAUAAAACUACUUACCACAAAUGUAUUUUAAAAUGUACUUAUACCUAUACUUAUAUAUUUUUUGACUUGAGUUCGACUAACGAAAUGCACAAUUCUUUUUAUCUUAUUUUAGUUCUAAGUUACUCACACAGACACACACACACAAAUACACUAUAUUACGCAUAUCUAUUACUAUUAUUAUUAUUAUUAUUUGAUCGAAAUUUGAAUGCUGAUUUGUAUUUAUUUUGUCUAGUUCUAAUGUCGCGAUGUCUUUUCCUGUAAAUGCCAUAUUAAUUUCCAUGUAUCUUCACACACACACACAUACAUUUAUUGUUUCAAAUGUUGUUAAGCGUAUACACGAACAAUAUAUAUAUAUAUUAUAUAUACAUACAUAUAUAUAUACAUAUAUUUAAACAUUAUCAAAGAGCAACGCAUCUUUGGA